UGCAGGUGUCAUCUCUCUAGUGCUGAUAAACAUUUAGUGUGGGUCUAAUGCAGAGAAUGAUUUUCUCACAGGGAUUAUCAAUUAAGUCUUACUUUACCUAACUACCAGUUUUGGGAUGUGCUAAAGGGGCAGAGGGGGCAAACAGUCCCCGGAGGCGUUUUCCUGACAGAUAACUAAAAGUAUUAAACAUAUUGCAUAAUAUAUUUUCCAUAAGUGGAAUUCAUUGUAAAGAAUUAUCUUGAAUUAUCGGUACAGGAAAUUUGAGCAAGCUGUGGUCACAAGAACUUUCGUUCUUCAGUUCUUACAAAAGCAAGAGGGUUUUUCCUGUCACACAAAACUCAACUGAGCAGUUGAGAAAGAACAUCACCAAGAUCCUGAAGUCUCCUAGUUGGAACGAAUUUUAUAAGAGAGAGAAAAAUAAAUAAGGAUUAAAGAUGCCAGCACACAACACACUGAUCUCUAGAUUGAAGAGUGAACUUGAAAAGAGCCCUUUAGCGUCAAAUAUAAUUUUUAGUCUCAUCCUUGCUUGCUUGGAGAAGUUAGUGGAGAUGGACUUUUCAUGUCUAUGUAAUCCCAAAUGGAAUUGGCUAUUUGUUAUGUUAUUUUUCAUUGCUCCUGGAUUCCUGAUCUCCAUGCUGAUGUUAAACAUUCAGGGAUGGGACAGUAAGAAGCCUGGGAAAGAGCAGAUAAAACCUCUGGUGUCCAUCAUUUUUCCUUCCCUAGUGUGGGUCAUCCUGCUGCUUUGCGAUGGUCAGUACGUUGCCUGUGCAAUUUCAACCCAGUCAGGCAGGUAUGUAGUGGUUGACAAAGCUGCUCAUCAGAAACAGUGUUUAUCAGACAACAACAACACAUCACAGGAGUUGGUCAACAUUCACAAUUGGUAUUCUGGGUCUCAGGCAGCAGGAAUGGUCAUUAUCUUAUUGGUUGGUAUAUUGGGAAUAUAUUUCAAACAGUCCAAAUUGAACAAGGACAAGGGAACUCAGGAUCCAGAAGAUCCUGCAUCAACAAGUAACGAGGACAAGGAAACUCAGUAUCCAGAAGAUUCUGCAUUGAAAAGUAACGAGGACAAGGAAACUCAGUAUCCAGAAGAUUCUGCACUGAAAAGUUACGAGGACAAGGAAACUCAGUAUCCAGAAGAUCCUGCAUUGAAAAGUAACGAGAAGGAGGAAACUCAGGAUCCAAAAGUUCCUGCAUCGAAAAGCAAUGAGGACAAGGAAACUCAGGAUCCAGAUUCUUGUACCCCUCUACUAUCAUCUAACAGUUAACUGGGCCGUUGAUGUGUGGCAAAAAAAUGUCUAUACUAUUUGCCCCUCAUGCCUGUCUAAUUCCACCUAAAUCAUAUAUGACAGGCUAUAUAUUGUGCUAAAACUUGAAAGUGGAGAAUAGUGCUUGUAAACAUUGUGUAAUUAGAGUAAAGUUCUGGUAAAAGAGAACUACAUCAUGUAGCUAUUCAUUAAGAGGAGAUAUUUUGAGCUUUUUAGGAUUCAAAAUGAAGCUCAGCUUUGCUAAGAAGCUGCUUUCACAACAAAUUAAAAAUGCAGAAACUGUCAACAUUAAGUUUCCUGUAACCAGUCUCCAUAAAUGUUUUGUGUGCCAUUGUUUUAUCAUCCAGCCACUUGCAUUUGUGUGAUUAUUUGUCAUAUGUGUAUAAAUUUCUCUCACACCGUAUUUUCAGUUCUGGAAUAAAGCUUACUUGUUUCUCUCUU